AUGUCAACAUCUACUGUAUUUGUCGUUCUGGUUUGUUUUGCAAGUACUGGCAUAAAAUAUAUUGAGGGACAGAAAUUUUCUGUUUCUACUACACCAGAAGCAAGAGUGACCGCAAAUGUUUCUCUUUGUCCCUUAAUUGUUCUUUCACCGGGAACUCUUGGACCAGAUUUCGGUAAAAAAGCCGAGUUUUCAGCGUUUGUGGAGGCAAAACUGGAUCCCGCGCUUGACGCUAAAUGGCAAAAAAUCAAGAAUGGCGUUGCUGAAGAUAUCAAUAGAUAUGAAUCAAAAUAUUAUGAGACCCAACUUCUACCUUCUCCGAAACUUGUCAUUAACAAAGUGGACUUUGAUGACGUUGGAUAUUACCAGCUACAAGUCAAGAUCACAGGAGGCUGGUGUGUGAGCAGCAGAGUUCACAUAGAGAAAGUCUGGGGAAUUUUGCAGUAUAAUAAUGCAUGUGAUUACACUCGUGAAUGUGAUGAGAGGUUGUACUUGGAAUGUUCAAACAACAUUAAAAAGUGUCUCUGCUACGACAGCUACUACCAUCGUAAUCAAACAUGCUAUGGUAAGUGGAACCUUCAAGCAACACAACUUAACCACAAUAUCACAGAAUCCGAGAUCAAUGUGUGGUGGAAAGAUCCUUCGAGUGACUCAGAUCUGAUACAGUUCUACAGUGUGACCAUCAUAGAAAAUUCUGGAUCAGUUAAAGUUAAUGCCUCCGUGGGAAAACAUACAAAUUAUAAUUUCAAGUCUGUUUUCCUUCCCGGUCAUCGAUAUAUCUUUACCAUUACAUCAACUGUACAACUGACCAAUCCAAUGGAAACUAUCCAUGUUCAAACAAAUCAGGAUGUGGUUGUAGAGCCCCUUCCUCCAGGCCCUAUUGAUAAAAACACCAGCAAUUUUCAUCCUGAAAAACUUCAUUUGAAAUGGGGUUUGCCAGGAAAUGAAACCAGUGUUGAUAGGUAUGAAAUAAGCAUUGGUGGAUACAUCGACCAUUCAACUUCAAAUUAUAUAAAUUGGUCCCCGAGAUUGGAGCCAGGGAGAGUUUACACAGUUACAAUUAUCACUGAGAGUUGGCCUAGUGAUACCUUUGGUAGAAACAGUCAACCCUAUAAGGAGAACAUAGAAACAUUGCGUACUCCUAAGGUAAUAAUCGCCAAUGGUAGUUCAAUAACCGUUCCGUUCCUCUCGAAGCUGGAGAUUAUGGCUUCUAUUCAGAACAAUAGCAAAUUCCCUGGUACUUUGGAGACGAGAUGGCAAAAAAAUGGAAUAGAUAUCAACAUUACAGAAACAAGAUACAUAGGCAGUUCUCUCGAUCUCUUUAAUCCCAAACUGGUCAUCAAUAAAGUGGAUUUUGUUCAUGAACAUAACACUUGGUAUCGAUGUACUGCGAAGAAUUCGGAAGGAUUAGGAACAAGCACCUUUGACACAUGGGUUUAUGUUACGGGGAGUCUUAAUUUUUCUGAAACUUGCAAGGAAUCUCGAGAAUGCCUUCCAAGUAGAUAUUUGACCUGUCGAAACAUGAAGUGUUUUUGUGAAUCAUACCGUUAUCACAAAAACAGAGUUUGCUAUGAUAGAGAUUAUCUACAAGCACAAUAUGUUGAUGUACAAAGUUCUACAUGCGCUAUUACGAUUAAAUGGAAACCUCCAUAUCAGGACAAACACCUUUUAUCGGGUUAUGAGGUUGUCUUACCAGAAGUAGUUUCUGUUGGAAAUGCAACGGAAUAUAAAACGCCGUGCAAAUUUCAACCAGGUCGAUUGUGCAACGUGCGAAUUCGAUCUAAAAUUAUAUUAAGUGAUCCAAAAGAGAAUAUCAGCGUAGAUUCACCUUAUCAUCGCACCAUACUAGAGCCACUGAAACCCGGACCAAUUCUACGUGAUUUGAGUAAUUUUUCUGCUGACAACCUUUAUCUUAGAUGGGAGGAAUCUGGUAAAAACAGUUUUGUAAACCGCUACAAAGUCAGAAUAGGGAAGCGAGAGCAGUUAACGAAAGGCAGUGUACCAGAGAUUUAUUGGAAAGAACUCUUGCUACCCGUCACUCUGUAUAACGUAACCAUUACAGCAAUAAGUUAUGGGACCAUAACUAAUUAUCCUUCUUACGGAUCAAGGGAGAGUCUCCCUUCUCUCUACUGGAUAGAAACUUCUGAAAGUCAAUAUACUGGAAAGGCUUACAUGUCAUAUGGAGAUGGGGAUUACUUCUUAAGUGGGGAUGAUGUUACAAGCGGACCUCUAAGAUCCCCAACAACAGUUUACAUUGGUGACGGGUCUGAUGGUGGUUUUAAUACAGUAUUCAUUGGUUCAAAUGGCGUAAUAGGACUUGGAGAUAAGUUUAACAGCAUUGUGGUACAUGAAAUGGAUUCUAAAAAAGUGAAGGAAAAACAAAUCAUUUGCCCAUUUUGGACUGAUUUGCUGUCAGUAAACGAAAGUGGAAAAGUGUACUACAACACAUAUAGAAGGGGAAUCCAGGGAGAUAAUAUAGACUCCAUGUUCAUGGAAAAAGCAGAUGGUAUUGUUAAGAAACAUUUCAGAGAUUUGAGAAAUUUCAAAGCGACAUGGCUUGUUAAGGUUACAUGGGAGAACAUGACUUUAUAUGGUUAUGAAACAAAGAAAGUCACAUUUCAAUGCUUCCUUAUCACAGACGGAGAGAAUACCUUUACAGUUAUUAAUUAUGUGGAUGUAGAUUUAAAACCAAUUAGAAACAGAAAGAUUUCCAUUGGAUAUCGCUACAAACAAUUCUUUGCCAAAAACUCUUUCACCAACCGUAAAGGAGCUUUUCGAAUGAGCGUGAACCCAGGAAAUAGAGGAGAACGUGGUUUCUGGAUUUACAAAAUGACAAAAGGUGUGAAAUCAAAGCGAGACGAAAAGGAAUGUUUCCUAUGGUAUUACAAUAAUAUCGAAAGUCAUAUACUACAGAAAAUAUCGUCCGUAUUAAAUAACAUUGAAUGUCCCUGUGAUCCUCGCCUUCUGAAGUUUGAUCCCCGAUACACCAUCAAUAGGUUUGACAGCUUAAACAGAAUGUUGUGUUAUGCUUCAAUGACACUCAGCAUGAAUUUGGAAUGCUGCUACAAGAUGUAUGCCGAUACAGAACAUUUAGGACCCUUAGAUCAGUCCAUACCUUUAGCAGGGACAGUUCUGCAAUACAAUCCCUUUUUUGAAAGAUACAAAUACACAAACUUUGAUCUUAAACCAAGAAAUCAGUGCUGCAAGACAGGUCAUUGUGAUUGGUAUUAUGAAGUUCGUCCAAUUCCACGUUGCUAUCUGAGAUCACCUUUCCAACCUGGAAUUAACUUUGGAGAUCCACAUAUUACUACACUUGAUGGCAAAGACUACACAUUUAAUGGUUACGGUGAAUAUACCAUGAUGAAAAUAAAUACCAGCACAACGACAUUUGACCUUCAGGCCCGAACAGAGCUUGCUACAUCAGAAAAUGGAACAUCUAUUAAUGCUACAAUAUUUAGUGCCUUUGUGGCCCGAGACCAAACAGGUUCAAAAGUACAGAUCGAAAUGUCUCGUGACAAAAAGAGAAUGAUAAUUCGAGGAAACGGAGUGGACCUGACAACAAAAUUUAUGAAUGCUAGCUAUGUUUUCCGAACACCAAACAUAUCUAUUCUAUGGGAAAAUCGAACAAUAUCGGCAACAUUUCUCAUACCCUUUAUAACGAUGAAAAUAAGUCUCGGAAAACGUUUCCUGAUUUGUGAGACGCUGGUUAACGACAAACACAAAGGGCUUACGAUAGGCCUGAUGGGGAACUUUGAUGGAAACAAGACGAACGACUUCAUUCUUCCAAACGGAACAGUAUUAGGAGGAAAUGCGACGAACACUGAACGGAAAAUUUACUACAAUUUUGGACAACUUUGGUCUGUUAACGAACAGUCUCUAUUUCAAUAUGAGGAUGGAUUUACAUACAAAAAUUUCACUCAUCCCGAAUUUGUGCCACUUUUUACUGAUGAGGUUGAUGAAAACCAAUUGAAGGAAGCUAAACAAAAAUGUGGAUCAAACCCUUCGGAAGCUUGUGUAUCAGAUUACCUUGCAACAGGAGACAUUGGUUUAGCUGAAACAUCUGGGAACAAGGACAAGAAUUCGAAAUCAGAUGUUGAGGUCAUAGAAAAUAAAACACCACAAAUAUCGGGAAAUACUACAAUAAAUGUCGAAGUCAACAAAGAAAUCGAAUUAAUAUUUAAUGCUUCCGACGAUGGUAAAGAGAGACCCACAUAUAAACUUUUAAAACAACCGGACAAUUUCGUUUUUGACGAUGAAACUGGAAUAGCAAGAUGGAUACCCCGCAACACCAAUGUCUCUGAAAUCAGUAUUAUAGCAAUAGAUGGCAUGGGCGCUCAGUCUCCUUCAUUAGACAUCUCUAUAAUCUCGUGCACUGGGUGUAGUGACCAAGGGGUUUGUAAUUAUGAGAGUGUCAUAUCUACAGAAAACGACCGAUUUCACAGAGCUGUCUGUAGCUGUUAUAUUGGAUAUUCCGGAGAGAACUGUGAGAAGGAUACAGACGGCUGCCUUGAUAGUCCUUGUCCCCUGGAUAGAAACUGCACUGAUCUGACCCCAGUAGAAGAGGUUAGACUAGGUCGUGGAUACAACUGCUCAGAAUGCCCACCUGGUUAUAAAGAUAUUGACAAUAAAUGUCAAGAUGUUGACGAAUGUGCCACUGCUGAACUAAAUAAAUGUGACGAUACCAAAGAAACUUGCGAAAAUAUAGAUGGGAGUUAUAUUUGUAACUGCAAUAAUGGAUACAGGAAAUUGGACGAAGAAUGCAAUGAUAUCAACGAGUGUCUGGAGGGAUUGUCUGGGUGUGAACAUCUCUGUACAAACACUCCAGGAUCUUUUAAUUGUAUGUGUCACCCAGGGUUUAAUCUAAAUAAGGACAACGUUACUUGCAAUAAAAAAGAUGUUGAAAUCUGUAAAAAAUCUGAGAUGCAAUGUGAAUACGCAUGCAGUAAUAUAGAUGGAAUCAACCAAUGUAUCUGUCCUUCUGGGUAUAGGUUAACAAGUAAUAACAAAAACUGCACAGAUAUUGACGAAUGUGCACUUAAAACUUCUCCAUGUGAACAAGAUUGCAUUAACAUCAAUGGAUCAUUUCAAUGUGCAUGCCGUCCUGGAUUCAGUUUAAAAGCCGAUAAAACAUCUUGUUCAAGAUGUGAGCAACCAAACUACGGUGAAAACUGUUCACAAAUGUGUACAUGUGGUCCAGGUGUAGACAGGUGUGAUCCAGUUCGUGGAUGUGUUUGUAGUUCGGGAUGGACAGGGAAGAACUGCAGUAAAGACAUUGAUGAAUGCCACCAAAAUCCAACCAUAUGCGGAAUCAAUAAAUUAUGCAAAAACACAGAAGGUUCAUUCGAAUGCCUUUGUGAACAUGGGUUACAAGCCUUUGGAGAUAACUGUAGAGACAUUGAUGAGUGUCAGGAUGCAUCACUGAAUGACUGUCCACAGGACACAACAGAUUGUUCUAACACCUUUGGUAAUUUCACAUGCGAAUGUAAGAAGGGGUUUCAGAAGAAAAACAAUGUUUGUGAAGAUAUUGACGAGUGCUCGACAUCUCUUCACGGAUGCUCCCAACUCUGUGUAAACGUAAAUGGUGACUACAACUGUGCUUGUUUCUAUGGAUUUACUUUAAUGGAAGAUCGCAAGACCUGUGAAAGAGAAAAGGACUCUUGUUCCUCCUUCCCGGGAUUAAAUUGCACCUAUGGUUGUAAACGAGAUGGAAUUGAUAAAAAUAAAGGAAUUUGUUUUUGUGAAAGUGGAUACGAACUUGACAAAGACAACAGAACAUGCAAAGACAUUGACGAAUGUAAAGAGGUUUCUAUCUGCGACCACAAUUGUACCAAUAAAGAGGGCUCAUUUAACUGCAGCUGUGCAAUUGGUUACAGACUUGAAAAUGAUGGCAGAUCCUGUAAAGCAUGUGAUCAGUAUCACUACGGUGAGAACUGCGAGAGACUUUGCCGAUGUGGAAGAGGUGCCAAUGUAUGUGACAACAUACAAGGUUGUGUCUGUAAGCCGGGAUGGAUUGGGGACAACUGUGAUGUAGAUAUCAACGAAUGUAAGAACAGUCCUUGUACCGGAGAACAUGAGAAAUGUCUAAAUGCCCCUGGAUCCUACCGAUGUGAUUGUAUUGUUGGGUUCAAAAAUUAUACGGGGGGUUGUGAAGACAUAGACGAAUGUCAGGAACCUACCUUGUGUCACCAGAAGUGUGAAAAUACAGUGGGAAGUUACAGAUGUAGCUGUAAAAAUGGUUAUGAACUGAUAAACGAAAAAGAUUGCCAGGACAUAAACGAAUGCAAAUCAGCUGAUUGUCACCACUGUUCCAAUUUUCCUGGAGGCUUUGAAUGUUCCUGUAAUGAAGGAUACCGACUGAACGCAACAACCAAAAAUGAGUGCUAUAAUAUUGAUGAAUGUAUCGAAGAAAUUCACAACUGUUCCAGAAACGCCCUUUGCACUGAUAAAAAGGGAAGUUUUAAUUGUAACUGUGUAAGGGGAUUCGAAGGCAAUGGAUUUGACUGUACAGCCUGUCAAAAUUUUACCUUUGGGGAUCAAUGUUCCGACCAAUGCAAAUGUGUUCCUAGCAAAACGGAAGAAUGCGAUGCUGUCGAUGGCACUUGUCGAUGUAUCACAGUCUGGACUGGGCCUGAUUGCUCAGAGGACGUGGAUGAAUGCAAGGAAGGAAUUCAGAAUUGCAGUACAGUUUUAUAUCAAACCUGUGUUAAUACUCCAGGUUCUUCUCAUUGUGAAUGUCUUUUCGGAGGACAAAAUCUCUCUGAUUGUAUUCAGCCAAAAGCUUCCCACCAACCCGAUAAAACAGACGUAAAAGUGAAAGUUGAAAUCAAAUUUGACAUCAACAAUAGUAGGGAAGACUUCCUGAAAAAUAGCCGGAAGUGGCUUACUGAAAUCCAAACAUCACUAGAAAAAUUCUACAAGAAAGAAAACAUUCGUGGAUUUACUGCAGUAGCUGUCCUGUCUAUCCGCUUUGGGAGUAUCAUUGUUGAUUAUGAGCUAAUUGGUACAAAAACUGAGGAAAAUCAGUUAGAAAACGACGUUGCUAACAGCAUGACAAGAAUGAUAAAAGGUAAACGAAAGCCCCAAAUCUUGGGACAAGAACCAGACAUAAUGGAAAUAACUAUAAAGCAAGAAAAUGGAACUUCGAAGGCCAAUUUUUCGACAUACAUUGUCCUCCUCGGAGUAAGCAUCCCUUUGCUCAUUACGGUCAUCGUUCUUAUAUUUAUCUGUGUGCGUUAUCAAAAGAGGACCGAGAAGAAGAAAAUACAACGGUUCUGA